AUGGCAGAGAGGGUGCUGGUGGUCGGCAGCGGUGGACGGGAGCACGCGCUGGCCUGGAAGCUGGCCCAGUCGCCGCAGAUUCAGCAAGUCCUGGUGGCCCCCGGUAACGCAGGGACGGCCAACUGUGGGAAGAUCAGCAACUCUGAGGUGUCGGUGAGUAACCACACCAUCUUGGCUCAGUUCUGUAAGGACCAUCACGUGGGGCUGGUUGUGGUCGGACCUGAGGUGCCUCUGGCUGCAGGUAUUGUGGACGACCUGGCGGCUGCAGGAGUGCCCUGUUUUGGUCCGUCUGCUAAAGCAGCUCAGUUGGAGGCCAGCAAAAGCUUUUCCAAGGCCUUUAUGGAGCGACACGGCAUCCCCACAGCACGUUACGGCUCCUUCACCGACCCCCAGGAGGCCUGCAAAUACAUCCGCACGGCCGACUUCCCGGCGCUGGUGGUGAAGGCGAGCGGGCUGGCAGCAGGGAAGGGAGUCAUUGUGGCGAGGGACCAGGACGAGGCCUGCCAGGCUGUGAUGGACAUCAUGAAGGAGCGAGCCUUCGGGUCUGCAGGGGAGACUGUGGUGGUUGAGGAGCUCCUGGAGGGAGAGGAAGUGUCCUGUCUGUGCUUCACUGACGGCUCCUCGGUGGCUCCGAUGCCUCCAGCGCAGGAUCACAAACGGCUGGAAGACGGCGACUUGGGGCCGAACACCGGGGGCAUGGGCGCCUACUGCCCCACCCCUCAG